AAAAAACAGUUGGAACUGGGAAAGUGGUUCUGUUCGUUGCAAACUAUGAAAUCCAGAAUCUGUGUCUCCCGCUUACUGUGCCUGAAAAAUGUAAUCUCUUCUGCGUUUUGUUCUCAAGCUUACGCAAAUAAACCUCUCCCCCAAAGAACCCUUCUCAAAUCAAGCCCUAAAGACAAUCUCGUAGAUCGGUUAUGCAAGGAAAACAAAUACAACGAAGCUAUAUAUGUUCUCUGCGAGGAAAACCGCAUAAGGGAAGCAAUUCAAAUCCUCAAUCGCGUCAAAAAGCCAUCUGCUUCUCUUUUCACUACUCUGAUACAAGUUUGCCGGGAAAGCGGAGCUCUUGAAGAGGGCAGAAAUGUCCACAAACACAUCAAAGCUUCCGGCUUCCUACCUGGGGUUGUGAUCUACAACCGUCUUCUUGAUAUGUAUGUCAAGUGUGGGAGUUUAGUUGAUGCACAGAAGAUGUUUGAGCUAAUGGGUGAAAGGGAUUUGUGUUCCUGGAAUACUAUGAUAUCUGGGUAUGCGAAAACGGGGUUGCUUAAAGAAGCAAGGAAACUGUUCGAUGAAAUGCCUGAGAGGGAUAAUUUCUCUUGGUCUGCGAUGAUAUCGGGUUUUGUUCGCCAUGAUCGGCCAGAAGAAGCUUUAGAGUUGUAUAGGAUGAUGCAAAAAAGUGAGAAUUCAAAAUCAAAUAAGUUUACUCUGUCAAGUGUGCUGGCUGCUUCUGCUGCUAUACUAUGUUUACGAGUGGGGAAGGAGAUUCAUGGUCAUAUAAUGAGAAUUGGGAUGGAUUCUGAUGAGGUUGUUUGGAAUGCUUUGUCAGACAUGUAUGGGAAAUGCGGGAGUAUAGAGGAAGCUAGGUGCAUUUUUGACAAAAUGACAACUAGAGAUAUUGUUACGUGGACUACAAUGAUUGAUAGAUAUUUUGAGGAUGGGAGGGUGCAGGAGGGUUUUUAUUUGUUCUCCAAAUUGAUGAGGUCAGGGAUGAGGCCUAAUGAGUUUACGUUUGCUGGGGUUUUGAAUGCAUGCGCUGAUCAUAUUGCAGAGGAGCUGGGGAAGCAGAUUCAUGCAUACAUGAUGCGUGUUGGUUUUGAUUCCUUCUCUUUUCCAGCUAGUGCUCUCGUUCAUAUGUAUUCCAAGUGUGGAAACAUUGAGAAUGCCAAAAGGGUGUUCAAUUAUAUGCCUAGGCCUCAUUUAGUUUCAUGGACUUCUUUGAUCACUGGCUAUGCUCAGAAUGGUCAGCCUGAGAAGGCUUUAAGGUACUUUGAGUUGCUACUCAAAUCAGGUACUCAGCCUAAUCACAUUACUUUUGUUGGGGUUCUUUCUGCUUGUACACAUGCUGGAUUGGUUGAUGUAGGGCUCAGAUACUUCCACUCAAUAAAGGAAAAACAUGGGUUAACAUAUACUGUUGAUCAUUAUGCUUGUAUAAUUGAUCUCUUAUCACGGUCUGGACGGUUUGAAGAGGCUGAGAAUAUCAUUCGUAAGAUGCCUAUGAAACCAGAUAAAUUUUUGUGGGCUUCUUUACUUGGUGGUUGCAGAAUUCAUGGAAACCUUGAGCUGGCAGAAAAAGCAGCAGGAGCAUUAUUUGAAAUCGAGCCUGAAAAUCCAGCUACUUAUGUUACCAUGGCUAAUAUUUAUGCCACGGCUGGUAGGUGGGAUGAAGUAGCAAAAAUUAGGAAAAAAAUGGUUGGUAGAAGAGUAGUAAAGAAGCCCGGUUUGAGCUGGAUUGAGAUCAAGAGAAAGCAACAUGUGUUUCUUGUUGGAGAUACUUCCCAUCCAAAAUCCAAGGAGAUAUAUGAGUUCUUGGGAGAGCUUUCAAAAAGGAUGAGGGAAGAAGGAUAUGUUCCAGACACCAAUUUUGUGCUGCAUGAUGUGGAGGAAGAGCAAAAGGAGCAGAAUCUUUCGUACCACAGUGAGAAGCUAGCUGUUGCUUUUGGAAUUAUUUCUACUCCUCCAGGAACACCCAUUAAGGUUUUCAAGAACUUGAGAACUUGUGUAGACUGCCAUACUGCCUUGAAAUAUAUCUCGAAGAUUUUUGGUAGAAAAAUUAUUGUACGGGAUUCAAGUCGGUUUCACUGUUUUGAGGAAGGCAACUGUUCUUGUAAGGACUACUGGUGAUCAUACUAUCUAAAGGUUGUUAAGCAUUUUAGCCAGAUGAUGAAAUUCUU